AUGGCCAUGGAAUAUCAACAUAAACAAGUUCUUUUGGUUGGUUUAGCUUGCUUAGAUAUUAUUACUGUUUGCGGUCAUUUUCCAAUCGAAGAUGAGGAUUUUCGAGCUGAUGAUCAUUAUUGGCAAUGUGGAGGAAAUGCAUGUAAUUCUGCAGUUGUUCUUCAACAGUUAGGAGAUCAAUGUAAUCUGAUGGCUUGCCUAUCUGAAAAUUGCCCACAAUCCGAUUAUAUCUUACAAAAAUUAACGAAUAUUGGUAUUAAAUCUAAUUGGUGUAUUCGUCAUAUCGGUCAUAAAACACCAAUUUCUACGGUGUUAAUCAAUAAGAAAAAUGGUUCACGAACAAUUAUGCACUAUAGUUGGUUGCCGGAAAUAACUCUAGACAAUUUUCAAAACCGUGUUCAAUUUGAUAAUCUAGAUUGGAUCCAUUUCGAAGGUAGACGAAAGAAUAUGCUAGAAAUUGGUCGAAUGAUGGAUUAUAUUCGAUUACGUUAUAAAGACAGGAUUAAAAUCUCCGUUGAGUUAGAGAAAAAAGAUGAAAAUUCACUGCAGUUGAUUCCUAAAGCUGAUGUUAUCUUUAUUGGGAAAGAUUUCGCUCAAGCUUUUGGUCAUGAUAACGCUACCGAUUGCCUUCGUGCCUUCUAUCCAUUAGCUCAGUCACCGGCUAUAAUGAUUUGUCCGUGGGGUGAUUAUGGUGCCGAUGGUAUAGGACCCCCUCAAAGCAAUAUAGUUCAUGCUGAUGCUCUCACACUUGAUGUAGUAGUUGAUACACUAGCAGCUGGUGAUACUUUUCUCGCAGGUACUAUACAUUCUUUACGUAAAGGAGAAUCCCUACUCAAAUCGAUAUCCUACGGAUGCAAACUAGCUGGUACUAAAUGCAAGCAACGAGGUUUAAUGUUUGAAAAGAUUCCAACUGAUCACUAA